AUGUCUUCUGUCGUCAACACCAACAUGCUCACUGUCUAUUACGAGUUUUUGUAUUGGUGCUCAAUGAUUUUAUCUCAAACGAAGGAUAUUGCCAUGAUCACCUCUGAUAUCCACGCGCCACUCGACGGCGAAUUCUUCGGCAGACCCACGCGCCAAAACAAUCAACGCUUUGGCGCAAUUGGAACAGGAAAUUCCAUCUCGCCCACCGACUUCCCGCACCAGGGCUUCGAAGUCGUCCACAAGGCUGAGAUCGACGUGGAGGUGCUUCAGGAGAAGCUCAAUACCACCAUCUCGUCGCACAUGUCUUCACCUCCUAAGGUCUCGACCGCGCCAGAGGACGAUGUUUGCUCCAGCGACGAAGCCUUCGACAAAAAUCAGCCUCCCGCUCUGUCCUUUAGGGACGCAUUCGAUAGCGACUCCUCUUCUGACAUCGUCCCCCCAUCAGCGUCCCGCGUCAACCAACAGCCCCUCAGUGCCCUCUUUGACGAGUGGAUUGCCACUCGUCAGCUCUUACAGGAGAGCAGCCACACAAACUCUCCGCCUUCCUCAUCAGCUCGCCUCGCCAUCCUCGAACCCAAACCAAGGCUCGCAUGGCACACCACUUACGAGCAACUAUUAAUCUCUGCAUCCGAAGAAGCUUUGGGAGAUUGCAGCACCACCAUCAAGACGGAUAUGCCAAGGGGUUUGGCGAGGAUACGCGCCAAAGCACCUCACCAUAUCGACCUAUGGCGAGCCAACAAGCCCGAUGAGCCUCCGGAUACGAUGAUGGUUGCUGUGAAGGGAGGCAGUGAGAGAGCUUGCUUCCCGUGCGCACCGUUGAAGAACGUCCCUUUGCCGGAGACGACGCCCGGCAAUGGUCAUUCGGUUGGCUAUCAAGCACCAACGGUGCCCAUAACGCCCCGUCGUCAAGUGCUGUUGGAUAUGUUAAACUAUCGAACAAGAGUGUACUUCUAG